CGCAGCCGCCGCGCUGGGGCCACCGAGACUGGGAGCCCGGGAUGAGCCUCACCCUGAAAAAGGGCUUCUACAAGCAGGACGUCAACAAGACCGCCUGGGAGCUGCCCAAGACCUACGUGUCCCCGACGCACGUAGGCAGCGGGGCCUAUGGCGCCGUGUGCUCUGCCAUCGACAAGCGGUCAGGGGAGAAGGUGGCCAUCAAGAAGCUGAGCCGGCCCUUCCAGUCUGAGAUCUUUGCCAAGCGGGCCUAUAGAGAGCUGCUCCUGCUGAAGCACAUGCAGCAUGAGAACGUCAUCGGGCUCCUGGAUGUCUUCACCCCAGCCUCCUCCCUGCGCAGCUUCCAUGACUUCUACCUGGUGAUGCCCUUCAUGCAGACGGACCUGCAGAAGAUCAUGGGGAUGGAGUUCAGUGAGGACAAGGUCCAGUACCUGGUGUAUCAGAUGCUCAAGGGUCUUAAGUACAUCCACUCAGCGGGGGUCAUCCACAGGGACCUGAAGCCUGGCAACCUUGCUGUGAACGAGGACUGUGAACUGAAGAUCUUGGAUUUUGGCCUGGCACGACAUGCAGAUGCUGAGAUGACUGGCUAUGUGGUGACCCGCUGGUACAGGGCCCCCGAAGUGAUCCUCAGCUGGAUGCACUACAAUCAGACUGUGGACAUCUGGUCUGUGGGCUGUAUCAUGGCAGAGAUGCUGACAGGGAAAACUCUGUUCAAGGGGAAGGAUUACCUGGACCAGCUGACCCAGAUUCUGAAAGUGACUGGGGUGCCAGGGGCGGAGUUUGUGCAGAAGUUGAACGACAAAGCGGCCAAAUCCUACAUCCAGUCCCUGCCACAGAGCCCCAAGAAGGAUUUCUCUCAGCUCUUCCCACGCGCCAGCCCCCAGGCCGCAGACCUGCUGGAGAAGAUGCUGGAGCUGGACGUGGACAAGCGCCUGACGGCCGCGCAGGCCCUCACCCACCCUUUCUUUGAACCCUUCCGGGACCCUGAGGAGGAGACAGAGGCCCAGCAGCCAUUUGAUGAUUCCCUAGAACAUGAGAAACUCACGGUGGAUGAAUGGAAGCAGCACAUCUACAAGGAGAUUGUGAACUUCAGCCCCAUUGCCCGGAAGGACUCACGGCGCCGGAGUGGCAUGAAGUUGCAGUGACUCGUCUAGCCUGACCCUUGGCUGAGCCCAGGGACUGCCACAUGGCACCACCUACCAGACACUGCCCCUAGGACCAAUAUUUAUUUGUCACUACUAAAGUUUCAGCCCUUCUUGGAUUAUAGCCUUCCAAGCAGAGGAUAGAGGGCCCUUGUCCUUGUGUAGGAAACAGGCCUAGUAGAUGCAGAAUUCAAAGCUGUUGAUUGAGAAAAAGGCUCUGAUUAUAACCGGCCACAUUAAAAUGCCCAUCUGGA